AUGAUGACCCCAACAUCCGCCUGGCGAUCAAUGAACCCUGUCGUCGGCGCCUUCUGUCAUCUGAUCGGGCUGGACUAUUUCUACGAAUGGCAAAGAUGGGGUCUCCUGGGUCAUUUUCUCUCUUUUUGCGGACUGGUCGAUACCAGCAGUGUCAGGCAGAUGCACUGGAAUAUCAAUACCUGGACCGAUGACGAGGUCCUAGCUUGGAAGCAGUCUUACAUGACCACUUGCUCAUCCAUCGAGGUCGCCGGUGCCAUCUUCGCCAGCGUUGGCCUUACCGCACUUCAGCUCCCGAACAUGGAUUCGACCCAUUGGAGCGCCAGGGCUCUUUUGACCUGCUCUAUGAUACUGGGGGUGUUAUCCGUCGUGUUCGCGGCGUCGCAGCAGUCCGAUAUCGGCAUGCUCAACAAGCCACUGGAUAUCCGGCUCUUCCUCAGCCGGGGCAAGGUCGAGCUUGAGAAGCGCCACUACCGCAAACCCUUCAUCCUUCUCCCUCUGGAGAGCUCAGUGGCUGCAUUGAAGCAAUUCGACUUGCCCAAGGUCGUGCUCAACAUGGCCGUCCUGCUGUACAUCAUCGGGCUCGGCAUCUACCUGCUCUACUCCUGGCUGUACCACGUCGAGCCUGACGGCGGACGGAACGACUUCCGGAACAUCUUCAUCGCCUUCGCCGCGACCGUGGGCGUCGUCUACCUCUACGUGAUUGUCAUUGGCGGGCUUGCUUAUGCCGACAACCGCAAGCGCACCGAGGACUUUGAUCUCGACCGGACCACCACGUUUGCGAAGCCGGCCUCCCAGACGCAGUUGGAGGAGUGGCUCCGGGCGUUGCAGGAUAUGCAGAGCACCACCUCCGAGUCGGGGAAUGUCUACAUCAGGCUGCAGACGGCAGUGAACGACUUGCAGGCCAAGUGGGAGUCGGACAGACAGGAGCUGGAAGGAAGAAAGAGGGUGAUGCGAACGCAGAAGAAGCGACGUGCGGGUGGUGCGGGACGUAGUGCGUGAGCUGACAACUAACUGCGUUGGCAGUCUUCGUUUGGUUCCAGACUGAGGUCGUCGUGUUUGCGGUGCAAUUGCAGUCUUUACACGAUCCACGGGCGAAGCCGAGAAUAUCGCCUUCGCAAGGAGGCACUGGCCGGCACUGACUGAGGCGAGGCGAUCUCCCAGACAAGGGACCAUCCAUGAGCGGACUCGAGAACGGGACAUGUCUAGGAGCGACGGGUAAACCUCGACAUGUGCCAUUCGGCUCAUUCCUUGGUCCGGCGGCCAUGGCACAGAUAACUCUAGCGCUCGACUAGGCGCUUGUUCAUGUUCUCUCUUUGCGAAGCUCGGCAACGCGUCCACUGUAUCGAUGGUUGACUCAGAGCCACCGCAUCCAUGACGGUGGAGGACUCACGGUGUCCAGGAGUCUCAGGCCGCAUGACCAAGAC